GAGACCGUAUAUACGCGGUAACGGCUCAGUACGUACCGCGACGUGGACGCGUCCGUACCGCGCACUCUCGGGUCCUGACUCCACUCUUAACUGGGUCAACCCCUCGAGCGGGAUCCCUCUGUGCAUUAGCCCUACGAGGGAGAGACCUCGGCAGUAGUAGCGCGCCCGCGGCCAAAGAGCACUGCCGAAAGAGCAACUGUACGUCGCAUGGGGGAGAACUAGGAGGUCGAAUGGUGUGAGCGUGACCGGAAUAAAACAGCGAGAGAACAUUGACAGCAAGAAUUAAAAGGUGCGCGAACAGUGGCGCGUCUCGAGGGCGACCCUCGAUAUUCCGUUAAUAGAUAGUAAAGGAUAAUGCACGGUGAUAAAGGAUAACUCCGCGGGUUCCCUGGGAUAAUACUCCUGCGGAAGGUUUUCUCGAUUUUUGCGGAAAUUCUGCGACGCGAUAAAACUAACAAGAUGAUGGUCCGUGAGAUAAUUGAGAGACUCUUGAAGGUUUUAGUGCGUUUCUCAUAUCCUUAAAAAUCGCAAACGCGAAGAAAUUUGUGAGGAUAUUUAUUUUGGACGAACACUGCCGGUCCUUCGAACCGUUUGACGUGCCUGCAUUAAUUUCGUGAGUUUUAGUGAUAUGCUCGGGAUUAACAGCGAAAUUUUAAGUGCGAUACCGUCGAUUAAUUCUAUCGUGGGACAUCAUGGAUCAUUGAGAAUUAUUGAAGGAAGUGUCGUGAAACUCGUGAUUUGCGUUGUUCACCUUUCAUGUCAAAAAUAAUACGCCGCGUAGAAGUGUCACGAAAUUCCUUCUCGGACAUCAUCGAUAUCAGUGCAACAAAGAAUAAAUCAUAAAACGAGCAUCGAGGGAAGGUGCGAUCAUCACUCGGCAUGAAGGACAUGCAUUGGCUCGUUUGCACCUGCAUCCUCACGGCAACGACGGUGCUUUCUUGCCGGCAGAGUGAAUUUCAGUGCGCCAACGGGCACUGCGUCGCCCUCAACAAAGUCUGCAACGUUGUCGACGAUUGCGGAGAUGGGAGCGACGAGACGCGUCCAUGCUCGCCUUGCAAUAAAACGUACUAUGGCGACGUGGGGAAGACGUACGAUCUGGAACUGCAUCGACCGAAGGAAGAUAAGGUGCCUUACAUUUGCAAGCUCACCUUUAAUGCGCCAGGUGACGAUUUCGGUGAUAUUGUGCAGCUGACCUUCGACAGCUUUACUCUAGGAAAAUUCGUAUCGUUCACCGCGGAGGGAUGUCCCGAUGGCUCCUUGCAAAUCUCGGAGGCGCAGCGUCCCGACGUCGGCGGUCUGUGGUGUGGCACGUCCUGGGGACCGGCGAUCUACUACAGCGAAACACCUAGCGUCUCGAUCAUCCUCAAGCUGCUCAGGCUCAGCAAAGAUCAGACGGGAUUCAACUUCGACUUUAGAAUGGCGUACAAGAUGAUCAGGAAAUCCGACGCGGUGGUGCGCUACGGAAAUCCUUUCGUCGGAAUAACGCAGGUCAUCGGGACGCCGGCGUCGACCGAGCGCACGUCCGCCGAGUACGCGAACACGUCGAUGGCGAUGCCGGUGCAAAUGGUCGAGCAACACGUGCCACCACCUACGAAACCGAGCUCCGAGCAGUUCUUGGGAGACCUAAUAUCCGGGACUUAUUGCUCCCGUAUAUUCACCGACUGCGACCGGAAGAACUGCAGAUUGCAAUCGCCUAACUUUCCCGGUCUCUAUCCCCGUAAUCUCACCUGCUAUUACGCGGUGAGACAGCACGAGGUGCCGGCAGGCAAGCACGCUUUAAUACACGUAAAACAGCCCCGGGGCCAAUUGGUAGCCGUAAGGGCGCGACCAGCUACUCAGGCCGAGCCGCCACCCCGGGAACUACGUCUCUGGCAAGAUUGCGACGUCGUUCAGGAUUACGUAACAGUGUAUGACGGAUAUACCACCAGGGAGCCUGUGAUCCUAAAAUUUUGUGGCGGCGGGGAGCCAGUACCGGAGGCCAUCAGCAGCGGCCCGGAGAUUCUCGUGGAGUUUACUACCUCUCCUUAUGGCACCUUCUUACAUCCGACGCCGCCCCAUUCUCUACAUGGGUUUCAAUUAGAAGUGCAAGUCACGUUCGUGGACGCCGAAUCACCGACCUACGCCAAGAAUAAGCGUUGCGAGUUCUGGCUGAGGGGCACCGGCGGCGGCGUCCUGGCGUCGCCCCGUCACUCACUGCCGAGGAACAGCACCUGCCUGUACCAUCUUCGUGGCGCCGGGCCCGCCCUGCCGAGUCCGACACCACCGCGACCGUUACCAAAGUUUCCGGAACAGAGACCCGGUACCGUUUGGAGGAGACCGGCCCCGAGACCGCCUCAGCCGCAAUUCCGCGUCUGGUUGUCCAUUCUCAAAUUCCACGUGGGCACCAGUCUGUCCAGCACGGACGAGGAUUGCUCGACUACGCUCAUGGUUUGGGACGGUGAGAUGAUGCCGUUGUCGGAAUGUAAUGAUGUUGCUUGUGAGAAAGAACGUCAACGUUACGCUGAGAGGAUGGGCGAUCCGAUUCAACCCGUUCUUGCGCGUCCCGCGAGCAAUACCACGUUGCUAGCAAGAUAUUGCAAGGACAAAGUACCGAGAACUUGCGAUCAUGCUAUCCUGCAGAACACCAGUCGUCCGUGUUCUUUGGGGGAAAGUUUUGUCUCUUCUGGCAGCAGUUUAACUAUAGAAAUGCGCAUGAUCGAAUCGACAGCGCUUAGACCCGUAAAUUUUCGCGCUCUGUACGAAUUCGUCGAUCUUCAUCAGGACGGCGAUCCCUACGGCAGUGGACCGUGUUCUCGCAUUUUCUACAGUCGGAAUCGAGACCAUUAUCCAGAUCGUAAAUUCCAAGGACCGCGCGACAUAUUCCUGUACGGUCGUGGAGGAUCAAAGAACAUAAGCUGCGUGUACCGCUUCGAAGGAGAACACGACGAGGUGGUGAAGCUGAGGUUCAACAAGCUCCUCAAUGGGAAUCGCACCUGCCGCAGCGUUAGCAACUCCGAUUUCAAUAGGCUGCUCUGCGUCGACUCCGAGAACUUCUCGGUUAAGGUGCUCGAUUUACCCUGGCCAAAUGCGUCGCCCAUCCAACGAGAUUGUCUCUGCUCGAAUCGAUCACUACCCAUCAAUAUCAAAUCUACCUCUAAUAUCGCUGAGGUACAUUUCACCGUUCUAUCUAUGGACGCCUUGGAUGAUUACAACAAUCUCUUCUUCGAGGGCACCUGGGACUUCGUCAAGACGGUGCCUUGCAUGCAGAAGCGCAGAGUCAGGGGGCCGUCUGGUGAAAUUAAGUAUACGCCGCCGAUCGACGAUGACGAGAAAAACUGUGAGAACCAACCGUGGCUGAUCGAUCCUGGUCCGGGACAGUACCUGUACGUGAAAAUGCGCGGUAUAAUUGUAUCAAAUAGCACAAAGUGCGCGACCAAAAAUCGCAUCAUCGUGCACACGGGCGGCGCGAUUCACGUGUCGGUAUGUCCAAAACCACCUGCCGAUUUGAGGCACCAUGUGGUGGAGGUGUUCAGCGACGGUUGGGCCGUCAGCAGCAACGCGAUGAUCCUCGCACCGGGACAGGAUCCGAUCAGGACCAUCGCCGUGGAGUUCAUAAUAAAAGAACCAGCUACCUACACGGUCACCUGGCUCGAACUCACCAGAAGACCGUCGGUGACGUCAACGGCGGGCCUGCAAAUGUCGCGGGACUGCGAGCAACGGUGCCCGGAGCUGGACGCCUGCAUAAACGCCUCGCUGUGGUGCGACGGUGUGUCCCACUGUCCGUCCGGCUACGACGAGGCCCUGACGCACUGCUCGGUGCUGCUGCAGUUGCCGCCGUUGCAAUUGGCCCUGGGCGCGCUCGUGCUGAUCACCGUCCUCGGCGUGAUAUUCUUCAUCGUCUGGCGGGCCUGCCGGCGGCGCGGCCGCCGCUCGAUAUCCCAGCACCGCCUGAAGAGCAUCUCCUCCGAGACGGCGAUAAUCGACGGCAAGGAAGUGAUAUGCUGACACAGCGACAGUUCUGUGCGUUACGUCGAGGUCGACCGGGUCACCACUGUGUGACGAUCGCCGUCGUCCACGUCGUCGUCGGUCCGGCUUCUUCCGGCGGUUCUCUACGGACUAGCGGUCAGACUAGUAUUCUGCUCGGCCCCGCACUCCUCCUGAAGAAGUCGCCGGGCCGGCCGCCGCUGGAGGAUCCGCGGAACUGCCUCCGCGUAACGCGCAGAACUGUCGCGUGCAAGAGAUUCGGACGUUAGAUGGAGAGAGAUCGGAGUUCAGCUAUGGAUCGCGGGAAAAUCGCGUUCGAUGCUCGAUGACUCGGGCGAAGUGAGAGAACGCCUUUCUUGCCGAACGAACGGACGCUUUUUUCGUUUCCGAUUGUUCCGGGUUCCAGAGGCGGGAUGGGUCUGGGUUUUAAAAUUCAGGGAAUAAUGACGGGUGAGUUGAAGUUGAGAGUCGGGCGAUCUGAUUACAGGGGACGUCGUGAAUUGUAAAGCAGCGACUGGAACGUGGUUAGGAUUAUAAGCUCGGUGGUGUCUACGUCGAGCACGCGCGUCGGUACGCAACAGCGUAAAGUAAACUAACGCGUAACGGCGGAUUAAAUCC